UACAAAUAGUUCGACUUUGAUUAACGUUAUAUUACUGUGUGAUCUUGAUAUAUAAGAAGCUAGUCAUCAUCAUCCAACUGAUUUAUUUUUAUUCCGUUAUUUCCAGAUAUUGUCCUUUCUUUUUUUUUUAUUUUUCAUAGACUUUGUAUGAACUAAAAAACCUGACCAUAGCCAUACAGCCCACCAUGAGUGAACAAACAUCUUCAGCUUUGCUUGAGCAACUUGUUUAUAUAGACACAUUUAUGAAUGGACAAGUGGAAAGUUCUACUGCUACUACUACUCCGAACUUAGAUAUUGAUGGCCAGUUGGGACUUGACUUGGCAGCAUUUGCAGACGACUCAUUUAUAUUCCCUGACGAAGAGAAACCUAAAAAGGAAAAUGACGAUGAAGAUGAUAACGAACCAGUGUCUAACGGUAACAGUCACAACAAUAACAGCUGGACCAAUCAUGAUUUCAAUAUGGUUCCUUCACACUCUUUUGACACCCAUCAUCGUAAUACUUCAAGGCACGAUCUCAUACAACAAGCACCUCGGAAUAAUCGACCUGAAAUACUAUCACAAGAUUCCGGAUUCCUUAACUUGACAGAUUUACCCAAGUUUCCAGUUCCACCAGGUGCCAAGUCAUCCUUGGUCAAUGCUGGCCUUUCGUCCAAUCAAAUUGAUUUAUUAAGUGCUCUUGUAGCGCAGCACCAAGCUAGCUUGGGAAACCUGAUUCCAGAAAUGACGGCUAGUUCGUCUAUUGCCUCAACCAUCUCAGGCUCACCUCCAAUGAAGGGUGAUUCUCCAGUUAGACAACAUUCACAAUUAUUCCUUGAAAGUAAUGGUCCUAUUGGCUAUGUUCCAAGUCCAACCACAUCCACAUAUUCCAACACUCCUGAUCCUGCUGAAUUAGAUAAACGUCGCCGCAAUACUGCUGCUAGUGCUCGUUUCCGUAUAAAGAAGAAGUUGAAGGAAAAGGAAAUGGAAGGUAAGAUCCAUAACUUGACUGAAUUGAUUAGUGAAUUGGAAAAUAAGUUACAACAAUUGGAGAUGGAGAAUAAAUUGUUGAGAAAUUUGAUUAUUGAAAAGGGAUCGCAAAAGAGCGAUGACGAAGUUAAGAUGUUACGCGAACGGGCUAAGCGCAACUAAAACUGAAAGGAACUAGUUUUCUUUUCGUUCAAUUCUUAUAACCAAAAAAAAUAAAAAUGAUUGGUCGUUUAUUACGUAUAAGUUGUAUAACAUAUAUUAUAUAUAUAGAUUUUAUGGGGAGGUAGAAAUAAAUGUAAUUAUUAUCAAACGGGCGGCGGGCUUGUAGAAACAGAUAAGAAAGGGGUUGGGAUCUUUAGUCACAAAUUACUAAUGUACCAGUCCCUCCAAAAAGAAACUAAGCAACAAAGAAUCAAGGGGUGAUAUUCAAAGAACUCCUUCGAGCAAUGGAUUUCACUUGUUUUAUUUACAUGAACCAAGAAUAAUUACACAAUAUUAUUCGUUGUUUAAAAAAAGUAAAUAGCGCAAAUUGCUGCAUUGUCAUGACAAAUGUCAAAACAGACCAUGUAACCAUAACC